CUACUACAUCACAGCUAGUCGAUCGAUCUUUCGCAGCUUACGCUCAGUAAACAGUUCUAGUGUCAACAAUGCAAGGCCUCGCUGCAUCUUUCAGUGUGUCACUGGCCGUUGUGGUGGCGGUGUUUCUCCUGGGCUCGGCGGCGGCCGCCGCCCACGGCCUGAGGAGGGUCGUCUCCAGCAGCUCCGACGAGCCGUGCAACGAGAUGACGCUUUACUACCACGACAUCCUCUACAACGGCGUCAACAACAUGCGGAACGCGACGUCAGCAGCCGCCACCAAGCCCACGGCGCUGAGCACAACCCACUGGAAGAAUGGCACCUACUUCGGCACUCUCGUGGUGUUCAACGACCCCAUGACGGUGGGGAAGGCGCUACCCAUGGCAGGGGAGGAGCCUGCGGCGCGCGCCCAGGGCUUCUACUUCUACGACAAGCAGGAGUCUUACACCUCAUGGUUUGGCUUCUCCAUUGUCUUCAACUCCACGGCGCACAAGGGCACCAUGAACCUCGUCGGCGCGGACCUCAUGGACGACAAGACGCGGGACCUCUCCAUCGUCGGCGGCACCGGCGACUUCUUCAUGGCGCGCGGCAUCGCCACGCUCCGCCUCGAUGCCUCCGAGGGAACCGUCUACUUCCGUCUCCAGAUGGACAUCAAGCUCUACGAGUGCUACGUUUGACGAAUUAGGGUGACACAUCCAUUGACGGUGUGUGUCAAUAAGGAUGCUGUUGUUUUCUAUGCUCUUCGAUUUAUCUUGGUGUGUGAGGGCAGGUUUGUGUGUCAUUGUCGCAUACGAUGAUAAGUAUGCGAAAUGCACUGUACUUUUCGAAAAAAAUG